CCGAAUUAUAGUUGAGACAUUUAGUAUUACAAUGGAAGGAAAGGGUUCCAUAUUGAUCAUCCUAUUCGUGUUGUAUUCUCAAUCAUUUCUGUGUUCGUCUCAAGAUUUCGAUUUCUUCUACUUUGUUCAACAGUGGCCUGCUUCGUAUUGUGACACUCGGAGAAGCUGCUGCUAUCCUACAACCGGAAAACCCAAUGAAGAUUUCAGCAUUCAUGGGCUUUGGCCGAAUUACAACAACGGUAAAUGGCCUCAAAAUUGUGACACCACAAGUUCCUUAGACAUAUCUCAGAUCUCAGACCUGAAGAAGAGAAUGGAGAAAGAUUGGGUGACCUUAGCCUGUCCGUCGGGUGAUGGGAUGAAAUUCUGGGGUCAUGAAUGGGAGAAACAUGGAACAUGCACAUCAUUGGAUGAACACACUUAUUUUGAAUCAGCCCUUGACCUCAAGAACAAAGCCAACUUGCUCCAACACCUCAAACAUGCAGGGAUUCAGCCUGGGAAUUUUUUCACUAUGGAGAGCAUGAAAAGGGCAAUUAAAGAAGGAGUAGGUUAUGAAGCCUACAUAGAGUGCAAUGUUGAUACACAAGGGAAUCAUCAAAUAUACCAAGUCUAUAUGUGUGUCGAUAAAUCUGCCAAAAAUUUCAUUGACUGCCCCAUUUUGCCACGUGGAAGAGGAUGUGGCUCCCGUGUCGAGUUCCCUUCUUUGUCUCACCAUUCCGGUUCCAGUCAUGAACUUUGAUCUUUUUCAUUUGUUUGAUUUAUCCGUUCUACAUUUAGUUGCUCCAACAAUAAAUGGAACUUGAUUAUUAUUUUUA